AAAAAAAAAAAAAAAAGUACCACUAGGCCCGUCGGCGCCGGCAUGGGUAUGGGUACUAGGUACCAGGUUAGGACCCCUCAGGACCCCUCCUCCACUUCCGCAUCAGUGCGCCUGCUCCGCAUUGACCGGUCAAUCGCAUCCAUCGUCGUCGGGAUUGCGAAUUUGCGGCGGUGAAAGCGGCUAUGCGAGAAAAUAGGGAUCCAUUAGCACGUUAGGUAGGUGCUUUGGCUGGGCAGCCUGCCUGCCUAGGUAGUGACCUACUAGUUUGACACCUAGCUAAGGGACAGAGUAUCGGAAGAUGGGAAAUGGCAAUAGGGCAGUUGUGAGGGCGCGGCGCGCUAGCAAGGCUAUUGUAGUUUGCUGCCCGUGGGCGGGCGGAUCUGCGUCCAUGGAGGGAGGCUGCCCGCCUCGCUUCGAGCCGCCGCCGCCGCCGCCGUCACAGAGUUUGCCGAGACUGGUGAGACGAGACGAGAGAGGAGAAAGAGAGAGGCUGGAGCGAGCUAUGGAUACCUAGGUGUACUGAGCCUACCUACUCAACCUCACGCAGCCGACGUCUUCCUUCAUACGCGCACAUACGUACAACCUAUACUACAUACAUACCGCACGCACCUGAUCUCGCUACUAGGUACUCUACUAGGUACCUACUCUACGCGACGACGUUUGACCUUGUCGUCCUCCCCGCCAACCCCAAAGCCAAUGAUGCAACCUACCUAACGAAACCCACGCGCGCGCGCGCCGGUAGCGGCGGCAACGAUGCGGCACACCCGCGCGAUCACCUAAAGCGAGGGAAAAAAAA